CUUUAAGGACCCUUCCAACUAAAACCAUUCUAUGAUUCUAUGAUCUCAGUGAGACCAAGCUGCACAGGACUCUAUGGGCCUCCCUUAUUUUGGGAGGAGAUGUGGUGAUCCUGGUGACAGCCUGGUGUCAUGUAGGGGGACAACUGCUUGGCCUUAGUGGAGGUGAGCUUGGUCUCCUUUGGCAAGAGCCAGGCUGGGCAGGCUGCAGCAGUGGACCACUUCCAGCAGUGGGGAAAGGGAAAAGCUGCAGGAUGAUGUUCUGUGUCAGCCCCCCUCCUGUCAUCCUCUCCCCCUGUCAUAGGUUAGACCAAACCACUACACCCCCCCACACCCCUGACGGUCGCACUCUUGGAGAGAAAAGGGGUGCUGAAAUAUGCCAAGACCAUGAGCCCCACAGGGCUGAGUGCCAACACAGCCUACCCAGAAAAGUAAAAUCCUAACCCCAAAAUCAACCUUGCUCAGGACAGCGUGUGAGAGAUGGCUUUCAGAAAAGAAGGGGAAAGAGACCCAAAGCCAUUACGGUAAAAUUGCAAAUGCGCUGCACCCAGCCACGCUCUGCACCUGCCUUUGCUCCCCGAAUCCCUGCACAUGCUGCGACUCACUCUGGACCGGGUACCCUUAUUUUUUCCGGUCAAAAAUACAACCAUUCAGGGGCUGGGAACUGAGAGGAACUCGAGAGGCAUGCUAUAAACACUCCGGCUGCAGAAAUAAGACAUCGCGGGAGCGCUUGUGGACAGUGAUCAGCCACUGAGCACAAGCUCCCAGGGAGCUCCGGAUGCACGAACAGCGCCGAGUCCCCUCGCCAGGGUGACCGCGGCGGUGUCCCAAGCCAGGGCCAGGCGACCAUAAUCCUGUGUAAUGCACGCUGGGAAAUGCAGUCUGGCCCGGGCACGACGCCAACCAGCUGGCUGCCUACAAAUCCCAGCACGCCGGGAAGCGGAGCUGCGCCCCAUCCCGGCUCCUGCCUGCUUCCUGCAGCGCGGGCAGGGGGAAAUAUAAACAGCGGCGCCUUGGGCAGAGUUGGGAUGCUGCCGCUGGACAGGCUGUGACGGGAAGCAGAGGCAGCGCUCGGGGCUGAGAUUUGAAGAUGGCAAAGCCGGAAAGCACAGUCAUAAACACCAAUGUAAAACAGAAGGAUCCCAGCACAGCACUGGUCAUUGCUGUGACCACCAGAACCAUUUUCAAUCUGGAGGAGGAGCACAAGCUCUACCUGGAGAAGGGCAAGGAGGAGUACACAAGGCACCAGCAGGCCAACCAGGACAAGCCCCUGCCACCAGGCACAGCGUUUGCCUUCAUCCAGGCAGUGCAGUAUGUGAACAAGAAGAUCCUGGAGAACAACUCAGCAGAGAGGGACCUCUUUGACAUCCUGGUGCUCUCCAACAACAGCCCAGAGAGCGGCACGCGCAUCAUCAACAGCGCCAAGCACUAUGGCCUGGAGAUCUCCAAGUUCUGCUUCGUCAGUGACGAGGACUCCACACAGUACCUGAAGUCCCACGGCGUCAAGCUGUUCCUCUCAGCUGACAGGACAGAUGUCUGCAAUGCCCUCCGGAGAGGGGUCUCAGCAGCGCUCGUCUUCCAGCAGGAGGUGCAGGCCCCCAGCACUCCACUGCGCGUGGUGUUUGAUGGGGAUGCCGUGCUCUUCUCCGACGAGACGGACCAGAUCUUCCAGGAGCAGGGGCUGGAGGGGGCACUGCAGUACGAGCGGGCGAUGGAGGCCAUCCCCAUAGGAGAUGGUCCCCUGAAGGCUUUUGCCAUGCACCUUGGGAAGAUGCGUAAGAAGUUCGGCCAGGAAAAAUCCCCCAUCCGCACCUACCUGGUGACAGCCCGCAGCGGCCGGGACAUGGGCAUCCGGGCCAUCAAGACACUUCGGAAAUGGGGUCUGCCCAUCGACGAGGCUUUCUUCAUGGAUGGGGCUCCCAAGGGCCCCAUCCUCGCCCAGAUCCAGCCUCACAUUUUCUUUGAUGAUGGACUUCAUAACAUCCAAGGGGCUCAAAAUGUGGGGGUACCCUCUGCCUGGGUCCCCUCCUGCUGUUGAUGGGCUGCAGGCCGGCAGUCCUCCCUCCCAGCAGCACAGGUAAAACUUCUGGUGGAGAAGGAAAGACCUCCUAACAUGCAGCAAGCAAAUCUCAGGGAAAGGGGAUGAGAGCAUGAACUCCCAUGCAAAGCUUGAUGUGUAUUUCUGCUCCUGAUAAGAGGUCCUCUGCAUCUUAGGAUAAAGCCAAAAGACAGCUGCUCUGGGACAGAAGGACACCUUUGCUGUGACACUGAGGACUACAGCUAUGCCAUGUAGGACCUGGGGACUUCUCUCAAAGAAAUAAGUGAAGCUAAUGCCACCCACACAAGCUGAAGGAAGCAAGAAAAAAAUGCUAGUUUUGGCUGUGCUCAGACAGUCUCCAAGAUGGAGCAGCACAGGAAGGACAUCAGCCUGUUGAGCCAAGUCCAGGGGAGGGCAACCAAGAUGAUUAAAGGGAUGGAGCAACUCUCCUGUGA